GUAGCAAUCAAAACAAACACGGUCGUCAACAAUAAAUUCGUGUUCAGUUUGUUUAUUUAAUCGCGUUUUUCUGCGGAACCUAUUAGAUUAUCUCAGCCAAAAUGGUCGAAUGUGGAAUCUGUCUUGAGGACUACCGGGAGGGUGAUUUGGAGCUGCAUCGGGAGAUGUGCGUGGUACGGUUGAUGUUCCGAUGCUCCCUAUGUGACGAGGACUAUGUGAGCAAAGAAGGACUGUGGAAUCAUCUGGACCUGCACGAGAUUGAAGAUGAAGGUAAGGAAUUGCACUCUCAGGAAAUAAAAGCAAAACACAAACUGCAUCAAUGUGUUCUGUGCAAUGACCAGCGUGCUUAUUCGGAGAGUCCCUACUGGAAGCACGUUCAUGACGUUCACGAUGGCUUCUUUCUACGGUGUUAUGAUUGUGGGGAAAAAUUCCGAUCCGAAAUGCUUAAGAAUGAUCAUGCCUUUCGUCAUUGUAAGGCCUGGGAUCAAACGGUUGAUGCGGAGUCUAGUACCCUGGAAGAGGAACGUGUUCCUGUUGAAGUUGGAAAUAUGACUUCUGAUGCUGAGUAUUUGAAACUAUCACGCGGAGAGCAGAGUGGUAAUGCACAUGAUCGAUUGGGUGAGCAUGCCGACAGUAAUAUCAUCGACAAGGAAACCGCAUUACCUACUGCUCAUUCUGAUGAAAGCAAGGAUUUGCGCUUACAAUUUGCUUGCGAUAUUUGUGGAACAACAUUUUCUUCAAAAGGCUUACUUCUUCGUCAUAAGAGAGCAAAACACUCGUGUAUGGAAGGAAAGCAGCAAAAUUGUCCCCAUUGCCAGAGAGUAUUCCAGAUAAAAGAAUAUCGAGCACACCUUCCAUUAUGUAAGCAGAAAACAUUUUCAUGUGAAUUAUGUCCAUUUAAGUUCGAAACGUCAACGUACCUUGCAAGACAUAUGAGAAAUCAUCAUCGUCGUAAAGGAGCUCUGUUGAACGAGAAGCAAGAUCAAACACAAGUGAAGAAUAUGAAGAAUAUUAUGGAAACAACGAUAAAUUCGGCUGCAGAAACGACUACACAUUCUGGUCAUGAAGCCUUAGUCUUCAGUUCGGAUUCAUCCUCUAGCUCGAGUGUUGUUGAAGGUACAAAUAUUAGUACGACCAAAAAGAAUCCAUCCGGUACUUCGUCUGGCAUGCAACAUGUUGAAAGUCCAUCAAACCAUCCAUAUUCGUGCAACGUCUGUGGCAUUACUAUGUCCAGCUUUAAUCAAAUCACUUAUCAUAUGCUGACCAGACACACGGAAGGAAAGUUCCGAUGUCCUCAUUGUUCGAAGAAAUUUCACUUCAGAGAGAAGCUGCAAAAGCAUGCGUCAUGUUGUACACGUUUGAAAUAUUCAUGUGAAUUGUGUGGUGAAAAGUUUAACUUCCUAAAAAAAGUAAAGAACCACAAGAAACGAGUUCAUCACGGCAGCAGACCUAUAUCGAAAGCGAAUGUCGCAGAUUGCACUGAAGAGCAAAAGCAACAGAGUGUCGAGAUGACAGAUGCAGCUCAUGAGAUGACCGUUUGCAUUUUUUGCAGCAUCACGUUCGCCAGUUCCGAUGAGCUAAUGAAACAUAAGGUUUGUAUGCUAACCUGCCCUGAGCACGCAAAAGAGCACGAUGAUUCUCAGUUCGGUGCAGAGGAAAUCUCACUACUUCAUGGUGGAAAGGAAGCUCAAACUGAGAUUAUCCUGAAAGACAGGAGUGAUCCAAAAAAGGUGGCAGAAAAUCCAUCGAGUAUCCUUCGAGCACCCUGUACCAAAUGUUCCCACUGUGGAAUAACAGAGUCUAGUGCUGUCGCCUUAGCUCAUCACAUUCGAAUCCACCAUGAUCCAGCUGCAUGUGGUAUAUGUGGAAUUACUUUGUCCACUCUUUCCCAGGCUCAGCAUCACAAGAAAACGAAGCACAAGCUCUCGAAGCUUAAAUGUCCACAUUGCUCGAUGCGAUUUUCCGGGCGAGAACGCUUACAAGGACAUGUAUCCAAAUGUGAGAAGAAGAAAGUUCCCUGCGAGUUUUGUGGUAAAAUGUUUCAAGAUGUAACUGCUGUCAAAAACCAUUGGACCUUCGUUUGCCGUGCCUAUAAAAAGAGCCAGGAGCAAGAGCAGAAGAGUUCCGAAGCACGGCCUCUUGUUGAAAGCGGCUCAUCCCAAACAAAAUGCUAUUACUGCAACGAAGAGUUUUCCACUCCGGGGCACUUAAAUCAUCACCUGCAAAUUCGCCAUGAGCUGACCAAGUGUGACAUCUGCGGAAUAACUAUUCUUGGUAUAUCACCAACUAAAAAUCAUGAGAUAAAAUGCCACAUGGAACCAAAAUACAAGUGCCCAACUUGUGGGAAAAAAUUUCACCGCGUAAGAAAAUAUAAUGCACAUUGUUUUGUGUGUGAGCAUAAAAUGUAUUCGUGCAAGUUAUGUGGAAGAACGUUCAAUCAACCCCACUCAAUCAAAUUUCAUAAUAAACGAUAUCAUCCUGAUGAGACCGGUUUGGAAAAUCUACAGAUCGUCCAAGAUCACAAACAAGUCGAGAACAAUGACCUGCAAAUAGAAAUCACAGAAAAGGAAACUACUUCAUCGGCACGUGAAGACCAAGAACAAUCAACGGUGAAUUCUUCCUCCAAAGAUGAAGUUUCAAAUUCUCGAUUGGAUGAGCAUUCAUUAGCUAACAUGAACGAUGAUGACUUAAUGGAGAUCGAAGUGAUCAACAAGGAAUCCCAGAUGGUUUCUGUUGCUCCAUUGAAUGGUAGUAGUGAAAGGCAAGUCGUUGCAGAGAAAACCUCUCAGCCCCUUGUUGAAAACCCAUCAAACCAUCCAUAUUCGUGCAACGUCUGUGGCAUUACCCUGUCCAGCUUUAAUCAAAUCACUUAUCAUAUGCUGACCAGACACACGGAAGGAAAGUUCCAAUGUCCUCAUUGCUCGAAGAAAUUUCACUUUAAAGAGAAGUUACAAAAGCAUGCGUCAUGUUGUGCACGUUUAAAGUAUUCAUGUGAAUUGUGUGGUCAAAAGUUUAACUUCCUAAGCAAAGUGGAGAACCACAAGAAACGCGAUCAUCAUGGCGACAGACCUUUGGAAAAUGCGAAUAUCGAUGUCGCAGAUUGCACUGAAGAGCAAAAGCAACACAGUGUCGAGAAGACAGAUGCAGCUCAUGAAAACACUACUUGCAUUAUUUGCAGUAUCACGUUCGCCAGUUCUGAUGAGCUAAUGAAACAUAAGCUAACCUGUCCUAAGCUCACAAAAGAGCCCGAUGAUUCUCAGUUCGGUGCAGAGGAAAUCUCACUGCUUCAUGGUGAAAAGGAAGCUCAAACUGACUCCACGAUUGUUCGACAAGGUGAGAAUAUUAUAUUUAUCCUGAAACACAGGAGUGACCCACAGCAGGCGGCGAACAAUCCAUCGAGUAUCUUUCGAGCACCCUGUACCAAAUGUUCCCACUGUGGAAUAAAAGAGUCUAGUGCUGUCGCCCUGGCUUGUCAUAUUCUGGUCAACCAUGAGCCAGUCGCAUGUGGUAUAUGUGGAAUUACUUUGCCCACUCUUUCCCAGGCUCAGCAACACAAGAAAACGAAGCACAAUCUCUCGAAGCUCAAAUGUCCACAUUGUUCGAUACGGUUUUCCGGGAGAGAGCGCUUACAAUUACAUGUAUCCAAAUGUGAGAAAAAGAAAGUUCCCUGCGAGUUUUGUGGUAAAAUGUUUCAAGAUGUAACUGCUGUCAAAAACCAUUGGAGCUACGUUUGCCGUGCCUAUAAAAAGAGCCAGGAGCAAGACCUGAAGAAUUCCGGAGCACGGCCUCUGGUUGAAAGCGGCUUAUCCCAUACAAAAUGUUACUACUGCAACCAAGAGUUUUCCAAUCCAGGGCAGUUAAAUCAUCAUUUGCAAAUUCGUCAUGAGCUGACCAAAUGUGACAUCUGCGAAAUAACUAUUCUUGGUAUAUCAUCAACUAAAAAUCAUGAGAUAAAAUGCCACAUGGAACCAAAAUACAAGUGCCCAACUUGUGGGAAAAAAUUUCACCGUGCAAAAUCAUAUAAUUCACAUCGUUUUGUGUGUGAGCAUAAGAUGUAUUCGUGCAAGUUAUGUGGACGAACGUUCAAACAACCCCACUCAAUCAAAUUUCAUAAUAAACGAUACCAUCCUAAUGAGACCGGUUUGAAAAAUCUACAGAUCGUCCAAGAUCAAAACCAAGUCCGAUACAAUGAUCUGCAAAUGGCACGUGAUACCCAAGGAGGACGAUCAACAGUUAAUCCAUCCGCCAAAGUUGCAAAUUCUGGAUCGAAUGAGUAUUCUUCAGCUAACUUGACCAACGAUGAUUGUAUGGAAAGCAAAGUGAUCGACGAGGAAUCCCGAAUGGUUUCAGAGAAAACCUCGCAGCCACUUGUUGAAAAUCCAUCAAACCAGCCAUAUUCGUGCAACGUCUGUGGCAUCACUAUGUCUAGCUAUUACAAAAUCAGUUAUCAUAUGCUGAUAAAACACACGGAAGAAAAGUUCCAAUGCCCUCAUUGUCCGAGGAAAUUUCACCAUAGAAAUAGGCUAGAAAAACAUGCGCCAACUUGUACAAGUUUAAAACAUUCAUGUGAAUUGUGUGGUGAAAAGUUUAGCCUCCCAAGCAGAGUAGAGAUGCACAAGAAAAAAGUUCAUCAAGGCGACAGACCCUUGAGAAACGCGAAUAUCAAAGGUGCAAAUUACACUGAAGAGCAAAAGCAACGCAGUGUUGAGAAGAUGGAUGCCACUCAUGAGAUGGCUGUUUGCAUAAUUUGCAGAAGCACGUUCGCCAGUACUGAUGAGCUAAUGAAACAUAAGCUAACCUGUCCUAAGCACGGAAAAAAGCACGAUGACUCUCAGUUCGGUGCAGAGGUAAUAUCACAGCUCCAUGUUGGAAAGGAAGCUCAAACUGAUCUUGAACUGGACAUUAAAGUAGAGGAAACAAUGCUGCAGGAGCAGGAAUAUCAAGUUCCAACUGAAGACCCAGGGAGACCAUCCGCCACAACUUUGAUUCACAUACAGCAUCCGCAUGGUGGAAAAUCGAGAAACGUUGCUGGAGAUCUUGCGAAUGGAAUCAAAGUCAAAGAAGAAUACCUAGAAGAUGAAGACGAGAUCCUUAGUGAACAUCAGACUGCAACGGAAUCUGCGGAAUGUUAUGAAAUUCCCAGCGAUCGAAACGGGUCCCUUGUGAGUCAUGAAGCUGGUGACCAGAUAUGGAGGUGCUCAAUUUGUGGGCUUACCUUUGGGAGGAAGCACAAUUUGAAGUAUCACAGGGUCGUAUGCCAUACAGAUCCACGAUAUAAAUGUUUUGUUUGUCGAAGGCCGUUUCAUUUCGCUAGCUUUCUACGUCGUCAUGAGAAAAUCUGCUUAAAAAUGCGAUGCAACAAAUGUGGUGUCAAGUUUAAUACACGUCUUCUGCUAAAUAAUCAUUAUAUUGAUAAGCAUCCGCAUGAUGGUAAAUCGAAGGACGUUGAAGCAUCUUCUAAAGAUAGAAUGGAAUAAAAGUCAAAGUGGAAUAUUCAGAACUUGAGGGGGAGCGAGCAUCUUGUGCGUCAUGAAGUCAUGGAUGUACAUUCAAAGGUAGCCAAGAGAAAAUUUCAUUUAAAGCGCAAAAGGCUUUCAUCGGAUUGUAUAGAACCCCGUAGAUCAUAGAUAAUAAGGCUGAAAGAUGGAAAAUGAACUUGUUUGAAAACACAAUCGCCAAUAACGGUGUUGGCUUUUGUAAAAAAGAGCUUUUUCCACAAUUUUUAUUUCAGAAUACACUAGACGUUCGAUAACUGAAAAAUGCUGAUCAAAUACUGUUCAUGAGUCAAACCAGUUGUUCAUCCUCGGAUUCAUCUAAAGCUUUACAGUAAAAGUAUGGACGAUCGAAACCAAAUAACUGAAAUACGUUGGUUGGAAAUGCUAUCUAACAUGAAGCUUUAGUGUGAUAAUUUAUUAGCCAGAUAAAGGUCUCAAGAGGGUAGGUUGAUAGUUCCGCUAGAGUACGGCAGUAUGAAAAUUGAAUAGAAGUUGAAAAUGAGCGAA